UUGCUCUCAGUCUUACGUCUCACCUGUGUAAAUUGUUGACGUCUUAAAGUUUCUUAUUUGUGAGUUUCCGCGGUGAACUCGUAAUGUUUUGUAAAAUAUGAUGUUUUCAUCUACUUCCUUGACGAUUGCCACUGCUUAGUUUUGGUGAAAUGGAUCGCAGCAAGAGGGACUUGGAGUCUCUUGUCGUAACGCAGAAGGAGCAACUUUCACGAUAUGAAACAAGGCUUAAAGAUGUUGUCACGGCAUACAAGGGUCUGCUAAAGGAAAAGGAAGCUCUGGAAGCUAGCCUUGCAGCACUGACCUCAAGCAAAGCUAAGUCCGACGAGACUCCACAAGUUAGUACAGCCGACAAAACAAACACCGCUCCAUCACAAGAUGCCGCUUCCAGUGGCGAAUUACAGCUUCAAAUUGCCACGCUAAUGAACUCUCUUGCCACUCUAUCAGCAGAGAAAUCUCGUAUGGAGUCAUCAUUUCAAGCCGACAAAAAGCAAUUGCGAGCAGAAAUUGCCCAGAAAGAUGCAGCAAAUAAAGAAUUACUCGAACGUACAAAUGAACUUCGCAGACAACAUCAAAUUGAAAUCGAGGGAAUGAAAUCGAAAAUCAUAGUGGAACGACAUGAGCGCGAAAAAGAAAGCAACAACCACAUGGUGAUGAUUCGUGAACUUCAGAAACUUUAUGCUGACGAACGUCAUUUAAAAGAAAACCUUGAAAUGCAAUUGAAUGAUCUUAAGAGUCAGUUUUCUUCUACUGGCUAUGCAGAUACUAAAGUGAAAGAUCUGCAAAAAGAGCUUCAUGAGGCUAAGGAGAAAUUGAAAAAAUAUGAAAACAAAAAAAUGAGUCCGGCUCCGGAGAAUUCGAACAUUCUGCAACAGCUACAAAAUGAAAUGCAACACUUAAAACAACAGCAUGCCAUUGCCAUCAAGUCUGAACAGAAACGAGCGCUUGUGGCUGAAGAGCGAAAUAAAAAACUUGCUGCUCUCCAUGAGGACCGUGUUGCGAACUUAGAAGCUCGCCUUGCGGAAUUAUCAAGUACGGUUGGCACCUACGACCGGCUUCGACAGCAGGAUCAAGAAAACAUUCAAAAAUUGAAGGAUAAAAUUGCGCAGCUGGCUACUGUUACCGAGAAUGACAUUCCACCAACCCCAUCUCCGAAACGUGGAGUGGCAGACAUUGUUGACGAAAUCCAGCAAUUGAAGAAAAUUCUUCUUAUCGAAAAUGCCAGAAGCCAGAAUCCGAUUGAUAUCAACAAAAUUUUCAACACAGAUACAGACCACUCUCAUUGCUUGGAAGACUAUAACAAAAUGCAAGUCGAACUUGAUGCAGUGAAGAACGAGAACAAGGACCUGGCAAAUUCCGUUGAGACACAGAAAAAUCACAUCAAGACCCUUCAAGAAAAAGUCAAAGUUUUGAAUCGGAAUAUCGACGACCAAGAAGCCGAAUUAAAAGCACAAGCGGAUCGAAUCGUCCACGCUGUUAAAUCCGAACGAAGUAAAUGGAAAGAAUCGAUUGAGGCUCUAGAAAACGAUUACAGAGGUAAACUGAACAGUCUGGAGCAUCAGCUACAAAAGCAGCGAUCCAGAUCACUUCAACUUCUUGAUGAAAAGGAGAAUGAAAUUCGAGCGCUGAAGACAUCUUUCGAAAUAUUCAUCCCUCAGCAACAAACGAGUGAAACAGUAGAACCCCCCAGUGCCCGGAAAAUUUCUGCAUCACAUUUGAAUGCGGUAUUGAAUUCGAACACACCAGCAACAACAACAACCGCGUCGGCAUCCACUCUUAGUGAGGGCUGCCAUAUUUUGCAUUAUGUGAAUGAGUUAGCUCGAAAAGAUGUUGAGAUAUCGGGAUUGAGGAAAACUAAACAUGCAGCUGAGACAGCUUUGCGACAGGCAUUGCAGGACAAGGUCACGGCACAGGAGGCGCUUAAUGAUAAGAUAAUGAAGUUGGAGCAAGAGGUUGAUAGGCUGGAACGAUGCAAAACCCGUGAAGGAGCCAAUCUGGAGUAUUUAAAGAAUGUCAUUCUCAGUUAUUUAUCAUCGACAGACAAAGAUGGGAAAAAACACAUGGUCAAUGCUAUUGCAGCGGUCUUACAGUUCACAUCUGUGGAAAUGAAAACAAUUAAUAGCUUGCUCUAUAGCAAGAAAUGAUUUAUCAACCGAAAUUAUGUUGAAUUUAUCCGAAAUAUGUAUUAUGUGAUGUAUUGUUAUUCCGAUGUUGGUAGAAGUCUAUGAAUAAAGGGAAAAUUAAAUUGAAA